AUGUCGGUUCUGGCUCCAGCUGCGUGCGCGUGCGCGGGGCAAGGGCAGUGGGAGAAGGUCCUACAGUUGCUGGCAGAAGUCCGGCAGAAGGGCAUGCGACCGGACGUUGAUCUCUACAAGGCAUCGAUGCGAGCUGCCGGGGCAGGGGGCAGGUGGCAGUCAGCGCUCCAGCUGCUGCAGGAGAGUCAGCAGCGUGGGUUUCAGCUUCCCGUGACUAGCCACUACGAUGCUAUGAGCGCUUGCCUUCGCAGUGAGCAAUGGGGGACUGCUUACAGCCUUUUCGAGGACAUGGUAGGGGAUGCUGACUCCGAAGGCUACGGGAUGGCCAUGCAGGCAAGCAACCAGCUGGGGUGCUGGGGAAGUUCUUUGGCGCUUCUGGAGGAAGCCCAAACGAGAGGAAUUCAGCCAAAUGCGGCUAUGCACAACUGUGCCGUUCAGGCAAGUGCUGCAAAGCAGGAGUGGGCCUCCGCCUUGCGGCUUCUGGGCGAGAUGCGCGCACUUAGACAGCGACCUGACAAUGAUACCAUCAGCCGUACCAUGGACGUCCUUUCCAAUCGGAUACGCGAAAACCUCGACGGCCCUCCACAUCACUUCGAUCCCAUGGCUUCCCACGGGAUGCCACCUCCCGGCCAAGCGCUUGUGAAGCGCGCGCGGACAGGCCAGAUUCACAUCUGCCCGAAGCUCGAUGAGCGUCGACAGAACCUUGGCGACACUCUGAAGUCGGGUUGCUGCGACUUCGCCGCCAUCAGCAGCAAGCGCUGCCCAUCGAAGUAG